UGUCAAUCUUGACAGUGACAGUCGUCUAAUCGGUUUACAUCACCGAGGAUGGGUUACGAAAUAAAGUUUUAACGGCACGAAAAUAAUAUUUUUUUAUACUUUGUAUGAUGGGAUGGCUUGAAAUGUUCCAGAAAAAUAUUCUAUAUUGCAUCUUGUUAUUUUUAUAGCAUUUUAUAGUUAUUUUAAAAAAAGUGUAACCUCCAUUAUGUUUGCUCAAAGUUCUUACUACCAUGUAAAUUCGAUCAUAAAAUAUCCUUGGAAACAAUGUAAACAGUGCAUAAAAUUACUAUCGUCUCAAGUUUUGGAGCAUAGAGUUGUUAAUGAAGGUCCUUGGAAUUUGUACACGGAAAAGGUAGCCAACAAAAUUCUAAGUCCAGAUACUCAUCAGGAAAAGGUUGUACAGCAUCUACAAAAGGUUUAUCAAGAAGUAACAACUUUCAAUCGACCUCCAAUACAAUCACCGCAGAAUGCCUUUUUUAGAUUCUUUAAGAAAAAAGAACCAGAAAAGAUUAUAGCACCUAAAGGUCUUUAUAUUUAUGGAAGUGUCGGUGGAGGCAAAACAAUGUUAAUGGACCUAUUUUAUGAAACAGUGCCCAUUAAAGAAAAACUUAGAGUGCACUUUAAUUCAUUCAUGUUAAAUAUACAUUCAAGAAUUCAUGAACUGAAGAUUCAAUCAGGAAAAGGCGCAAGUUCCUUUAGAGAUGAAGCCUCCAAGCCUUUUGAUCCAAUACCACCAGUUGCUGCUGAUAUCACACAGGAGUCUUGGCUUAUCUGUUUUGAUGAAUUUCAAGUAACAGAUAUAGGAGAUGCAAUGAUUUUGAAGCGACUGUUUACUCAGCUAUUUGAUAAUGGUUGUGUUAUCAUAGCAACAAGUAAUAGGAAGCCUGAUGACUUAUAUAAAAAUGGUUUGCAAAGAUCAAAUUUUCUUCCUUUCAUACCUAUACUGAAGGAGCACUGUACAGUGAUACAAUUAGAUUCUGGUAUAGAUUAUAGGCUAAGGGGCUCAGGCAAUAAGUAUAGUAAGUUUUUCAUUAAUAGUGAACUGAAUGAAGAUAAUAAUGCUGUUAAUACCCUUUUUAAAUACCUAGUAUCAAUGGAGACUGAUACAGUUAGACCUCGUAUUAUCAACAUCAUGGGAAGGAAUGUGAAGUUUUCUAAAUCCUGCGGCAGAGUCCUGGAUUCAACAUUUGAAGAGUUAUGUGAUAGGCCUCUUGGUGCUAGUGAUUAUCUUGUGAUAUCAAAGACGUUUCAUACUGUGUUCAUACGGAAUCUUCCACAAUUAUCUAUAAUGAAGCAUAGAUCUCAGCUACGAAGAUUUAUUACCCUUAUUGAUACCUUGUAUGACAACAGAGUCAGAGUUGUUAUUGCUGCAGAUUGUGAACCAAAGGAUCUAUUUAGAAUGGAGGAAAAAGAUGAAUUUGGUGAUGCGGACAGAGCACUUAUGGACGACUUGAAGAUAACUAAAGAGUCGGAUGAUGCUAAGGCAGCCAUAUUCACUGGAGAGGAAGAAAUGUUUGCGUGUGACAGAUGUCUUUCACGUAUCAUGGAAAUGCAGACAGAAGAGUAUUGGGAUAAAUGGGGAAAGAACGUCAAGUGAUUGUAACUAAAAAUAG